UGCGCGUGCGCCGACGGAGAGGGAGCGGAGCGCGCGUGCGCGGCAGGAUCGGCGUUGGCGGCGGCGGAGCCGGGGAGGGGAAGAGGCGGCGGCGGCGGAGCGGGUGGGGAUGGCGAAGCACACGGUGUCGUCGGCCCGGUUCCGUCGGGUGGAUGUGGACGAGUACGACGAGAACAAGUUCGUGGACGAGGAGGAAGGAGGCGAUGGGCAAGCGGGGCCCGAUGAAGGCGAGGUGGACUCCUGCCUGCGGCAAGGGAACAUGAUGGCUGCACUACAGGCAGCUCUGAAGAACCCUCCUAUCAACACAAAGAACCAGGCUGUGAAGGAUCGUGCAGAAAGUAUUGUCCUGAAGGUCCUCAUCUCUUUCAAAGCCAAUGACAUUGAGAAGGCUGUGCAGUCACUGGACAAGAAUGGUGUUGAUCUGCUGAUGAAAUACAUCUACAAAGGCUUUGAAAGCCCCUCUGACAACAGCAGCACUGUGCUGCUGCAGUGGCAUGAGAAGGCCCUGGCUGCUGGAGGAGUAGGGUCCAUUGUCCGUGUUCUGACUGCCAGGAAGACAGUUUAAGUCCAGCAGUGAGUGGGUUGUCUGCCAGCCAGCUGUGGGGAAUGCUUGUGCAAAACACAACUACCAAAUGCCCUGGCUGCCCCAUGGACAGUGCCUGUCUCUCAGCUUGCCUUCUCUCUCUGCUUUUUUCAUACCUGAAAAAUAAUGCAUAUCAUGAUUUCUUUUCAAAUUCUGGAAAAUGAUGAAGGUGCAAUUUUCUUUCUAGCAGGAAUAUUUGGUACUUGUGAACAUUUCAAGUGACACAUAUGGUGACAUACACAGCUUCAUGUUUAGGAUGACUUGCAUUUGUGUAUAAUCAUGGCAGAUUUGGACCUGCCAUUCUGAGCAAAUACUGAGGGACACAGGUCAGUGUCUGAAUUCUUUUCACUAGCCAAGCAGUGUUUUGAUGUGAGAUCUGUAUUUGGGAAGUGAGGCAGCUAUUAAUACAGGUUAUUGGACCAUGUUUCCUUUGUUCAACCUCUGAACCUACACCAAGAAUAGGACAGAAAACAAAAGCUCCCUUCUGACCCCCAUUAGCAUUCCAGAGAGUCAAAUAUUUCAUUCCUUAAUCUCACAUCUUCCAUUCUGUUCUGGUUCCUUGUGACUGGUCAAAUGCUGAGUCUGCAAGGGGAUGAAAUUAUCUGUCAUGCAGACCAUUUAAAGAAUUUAAAAGGCUGAUGGUCCAUUUACACCAGAGCUCAGCUAAAUGAGCUCUGUUUUGGGGAGCAGAGAUCCUGAAGAGAAGAAAAAGCAGCUUUCACACACCAAAUUAUUUUUCAGCCACUUGAAAGGGAUUUGAUUUUGUAAAGCACAACAAAGUGGCUGCCUGGUGUCAUCUGAAACACACACCAAACCUGCAAAGCUCCUCUGUGUUCUAGAUCCAUAGGGUCUUAAAUGAUACCAGAUUGUUCACACUGAUGUUGCAUUAUGUGUUUGCUAGAAUUGGCUCAAAAAAUAAAAAGGAGUAAUUUAAAAAUAAUUAGGAAAGCCCAGGGCAUUCCAGAACACAGAUCACUGUUGGUUUAGGGCCAGGACUGAAAUACUCAUGUUUUACAUUCACCAUUUUACUGCAGCUCAGUUGUGUAACUGCUGAGGAACUUGAGAAAUCUUUGCUGGUUUUUGAUAUCUGUUUUGGGUUUUUUUUUUUUUUUUUUAAUAAUAAUGAAGACUAAACAAUAAAUUGUCACUGAAUAUUUA